AUGGCCGUGUAUUUACUCGGUUGUAUAAGUGCUGUGUUCCUUGAUAUAGAGAUUUGUUCUGACCUGUGGAACAACUAUAACGCCCAAGUUGUAUGUCGACAAUUAGGUUUCACUGACGGGGUCCUUAUUGAUAAUGUAAUAAAUAGGUAUCCUUCUUCGUCUGGAGACAUAUUUCUAUCGAACAUAACGUGUGACGGUAGUGAGUCAGCAAUUGUCGAUUGUAAACAUAACGACUGGAGCGAUAACGAUUGUAGCCACACUAAAGAUGUCAACGUGUUUUGUAAAGUUCCAAGUUAUAGGGGAUGCGUUGUCAGCGAGUAUCCAGACUACGCCCUGACUGGUAAACAAGUUGGACUUUCAGGUCCGUUGAGGCUGGACACCUGUAUGGAAAAUUGCGAGAACUUCGAGUUUAUGGGCUUAGAGGGUGGUGAUUCUUGUUUUUGCGGAUCAGAUAAUUACAAGGAAUACGGAGAGGUUGAGGCAACUGCUUGCACCACACCGUGUGAAGGAGACAGUUCGCAAUACUGUGGUGGGUCAAGCAGAAUGGCGGUGUACCAGCGUCGUUGCUUGCCAGCGGGUUCAUCCAGUGGUGUAGUGAUAUCACCUAACUUUCCCGGUGACUAUGGCAGCAAUCAACAAUGCCAGAUACAGAUUGACCUUUCAAUGAAUGCUAACACUUAUGUGACCUUUCACCUUUUUGAGCUCACUGGUGAUGACAUGUUAACAUUAUCUGAUGAGAGAGGGGAUACUGUGACGUAUUCCGCGUCAAACCCACCGCAGUUACGCACCACCAUUGAUUCACAAACACUGUACGUCAACUUCGUAUCUUCUGCAACGUCACUUGGUGGACCAGGUUAUGUCAUUACAUACAAUGGUCUUCUGAAGUGUCCACCUGAUAUUCAAUUUGCCAAUGGCACCUUGCUGAUGGAGGACCACGAGUUUUACUAUGAAGGUGAUACGGCUAUUGUAAUGUGCGAUGACGGAUUCGAACCGAUUGAGGAAGAGCUUGUUUGUACAGAAGAGGGCGUGUGGUCUGCUACUCCCUCAUGCAUAAAAGUUAGUCGCGGCGAACUUCCGGACGAAGAACAAGACGAAUCCAACUUUGAACCAAUUCUGUUUAUGUGUGUCAUAAUAGUUGCCGUGCUUGGCCUUGCAUUUUUGAUCGUCAUUAUCGGGAUCCUAUGUACGAGCAAACAAAAUAAGGCUGGUGACAAAAUGCCUUUGGAGAAUACCGAUACGUCUUCAUCUGAGAAAAGUGAAUCAGUAAAUCAAGAUAUGUUUGACAGUGGCCAAGGACAUUCCAACCCACAAGUUGAAAUUGAAGACGCAAAUGCAGCAGAUAGUGAUGAAGAAGAAUCAAGAUACCUCUCAAAUUUGUACUAAACAUAUAUUUGUUGUUAAACACGUAACUCACAGUAAGAAUCCAGACACAGGGUGUCGGGCAAAAUUUUUAGAAUACAAUUAAUCCCGGUUUCCUUGAAAUCGACACACUGUCGCUGUGUUUUCAGUGCAAUCGUUGUACUGCAGCAGUCUCGAUUACGCAUAGUUUCAAUAGAAUCGCUACACGGUCGCUACAACUUUUUCACUGCAAUCUUUGCACUAUGUACCUAGCAACCGGGAACGCUUCCUGAUUUAACUGACCAAUCGGCGUCGUCAAAUGAGUUGGCGAUAUCGCGUAGCGAUCUUUAUAGAAACCAGGCUUUCGACCGACCAAUCAGCAUUACCGAACGCUGUCGGCGAUAGCGUGUAGCGAUUGUAUGAAAACCAAUUUUUAAUCAAUUAUAUUACUUAUGCAAAAAUAAGUGUUUCCUACAGUUGUUAUCCCGUAAUAGUAAUUGUAGCCAAAUUGAUCUUCCAUGUAUUAUUUAAAAGAGCAUGAACAUGUUUAAAACAAAUCUUUGCUCUCGCAAUAUUCGAAUUGAAACGUGACUAUGCUAAGUAAGCUUUUUUUUUAAAUUACUGUUGCUAUUUAUAGUAAAUCAAUACUUAUUGUACAUUCUUAUGUAGUGUAGAUGUAAUGUCGGUAUACUACAUGGUUCCUGUUAUUUUACGUUGCAAUAACCCUCAAUCUGACAUUGUUGUCUAUUUGUUGAUGUUACAAAAGACACUUGAAAACUGUACGCUAAUUACAGUAUAGGAUUAUUUUGUAUACAGCAAAAUAUAAUAUACAAAUUAAAUGGAUCUCACGUACUGGUUACAUGAUUCAUUUUGAGCCCAUCCCUCUACAUACAUAUUGGACUGCAAAUAUCCAAACACUCUCUAGCUGAUUGGCUAUGAUUCAGGAACACGGCGUGUAUGCAUGCACUCUAAGUUACGCGUAAACUUAAGUGACGUAAUAAGUAUUACAUGAGACAAAAUGUAAGAUAGAUGUGAUUACCUUACAUUUUUUUAAGGAACUGGUGAUAUACUGUAUUAUGUGAUAACAUAAACUGAAACUACACAAAAAAGGCGAGUUUAUGAAAAUCUAUAUUAAUGAUUUAUCACUACAGUACCGUACAAGCUUAAUUCAAAAUAGGGCCUAUCUAGUUAUUUACUAUGAUUUUUAAAGCAUAUUGUAUUAUUUUUAAAGACAUUUUUAAGCUUUAACUACGUCUGCUAUAAGAAUUAUUUGUUUCAUAGUAUUACACGAUUUGCCAUUUAUUAUUAAAAUCAUUAUUAAUGAUAUCAUCACCAUUUGUAAUUCUUGAACUAAUAAUAAAUGAGAGGAUAUUAUGAAUUCUGUAAAAAAUGCGUGCUGGAAUAUGAUUUUAAAGAAGGAACUCUUAGAAUCUUUUCAAAUUGAGGGACAAAUACAUCAUUAAACAAUCGCAAUACAUAAGCUAGUGUUUUACAAUACCAAUGUCUUGUAGUUUUACAUUAUAUAUAUUUCGUAUAUACUCUAUUUUACUAUUAAUUAGCUUACGUUAAUCUUUUUAUUUAUAUGUAUAUUGUAUUAAAUUACACAUUUAUUUUAAUACGAAUAAAAAUCACUUAAGUGAAACAUAAUUUAUAAAGUGUGUGUCAUUUUUUAGACACUUAUCAGAAAUGAAAAA